UGAGGGAUGAUGGAAGAGAAGAAUGCCGUCGCUUUGCUCGUCUCCCUUCCAGGGUUUCCAGGGUUUCCAGGCGGGAGCGGCUGAUCCAUCGAGGCGCGCUCUCGCAAUGGCGUCAGCGGGGUCUCCAUCGGCUGCUGCUACCAAGAUGAAGAAGCCGGCGAAACCAGCUCCCAAGGUGACUCUGGAGAGCUUUGUGAGCAAGAUGCUGCCUCUUCUCGAGCUGGAGAAGGAGGCGGAGAUUGCUGCGUCUACCGAAACAAUUGGAAUGACGAACCCUGACGUUCUACAGCAGCGUGGCUCGGCUUUGAAAGGAUUAAAGUGUGUUGGUGUCGAGGCAGGAUUGCUGGGAAAGUCUUUGCUUCUCUUGCAACCGAAUUCUGGAGAGCUUCUUCCGUCUCACAAGCUGUCUACACACGAUGUUGUGCUUUUAAAGCCAAACAAGGGAGGCUCGGCAGCUGAAUCCCUGGGUCAAGGUGUUGUCUACCGCAUAAAGGAUAAGUCUAUCACGGUUGCUAUGGAUGAUGUUCCAGACGAAGGCGUUAAUUCGCUUCUUAGGCUGGAGAAAGUCGCGAAUGAGGUCACCUAUCAAAGACUUAAAAGUACAUUGUUGGACCUUGGCAAGGGUGUUUCAAGAGGUCCAGCAACUGAUCUGGUUCCUGUGCUUUUCGGCGAGAAGCCUCCCUCGUUUUCCAAGACACAUGCCACGUAUGAACCUUACAACACAGAGCUUGACGAGUCUCAGGUUAAAGCUGUCAAAAUGGCUCUAAGCGCACAAGAUGUGAUGCUACUUCAUGGUCCGCCUGGAACUGGGAAGACGACGGCAGUGGUCGAAAUUAUUUUGCAGGAGGUUAAGCGGGGGCUCAAAGUUCUUGCUUGCGCUUCUUCGAACAUUGCCGUGGACAACAUGGUGGAAAGACUCGCCUGCCACAAGGUGAAGGUUGUGCGCUUGGGACAUCCAGCUCGUCUUUUGCCGCAAGUUCUUGACUGUGCACUGGAUGCUCAGGUACUCAAAACCGACAACAGCUCGUUAGCCAAGGACAUCAGAAAGGAGAUUAGUGUUCUCAAUGCGAAGAUUCUAAAGGCCAAAGAUCGAAAGAGCAGAGACGAGCUAAGGAGAGAGCUGCGCCAAUUGUCGAAGGAAGAGCGCCAAAGACAACAAAAGGCUGUCACGGAUGUCAUUCAAGGUGCCUCUGUUGUGCUCACGACCUUGACUGGAGCCAUGUCUGCACAACUGCAAAAGGUUGACUUCGAUGUCGUUGUUCUUGAUGAGGCUGCUCAGGCCCUUGAGACGGCUUGCUGGAUCGCCAUUUUAAAGGGACGAAGAUGUCUUCUCGCUGGCGACCAUCUCCAGCUCGCUCCAACAGUACUGAGCAAAGAAGCCGAGAAGCAAGGCUUUGGAACAACAUUAUUUGAACGCCUGGCAGGACUGUAUGCCAGUCAAGCCAUGACAAUGCUCACAGUGCAGUACCGUAUGCACGAGCACAUUAUGGAUUGGUCUUCCCACGAGCUCUAUGGCGGCAAGAUUCAAGCACACGAGCUUGUGGCAAGCCGCAAAUUAUUCGAACUAGAUGGCGUCAAGAAAACUCCUGCAACUGAGCACACGCUCGUCCUCAUCGACAUCUGUGGCUGCGACAUGGAAGAGUCAAAGGACGAGACUGAGAGCUCUUUCAACGAAGGCGAAGCCCGCAUUGCUAUUACUCACGCCCAAAAACUCGUAGAAAGCGGAGUUAAGGCUAUUGACAUCGGAAUAGUCACACCGUAUGCGGCCCAGGUGAAUGUUCUGAGGCGCAUGAGAAAUGAGGAACAGCGUUUACUGGAAGUGGAAAUCAGCACUAUUGACGGUUUUCAAGGCCGGGAGAAGGAAGCAAUGAUAAUUUCCAUGGUUCGCUCCAACGAUAAAAAGGAGGUUGGGUUCUUGAGUGACAAGCGGAGGAUGAACGUUGCAGUUACAAGAGCAAAAAGGCAAUGCUGUGUCAUAUGUGAUUCGGACACUGUGGGAAAAGAUCCAUUUCUCAAGCGGCUUUUGGAUUAUUUUGAGAAGCAUGGAGAAUAUUGUUAUGGUCUUUAUUAUCAAUGACUUAAUUGCGGUUUCUCUGCUAACGUUUGAGA